GGAUAUGUAGUCUGACCCGGACCAGGACGCCCCCUCGGAUGAAUGGGGCCGGGGCCGACUGCGAACUACAGCUCCUCGGCCGGCGACCACGGUGGCCCCGGAGCAGAGCAGCGCCCCGGGACGGUAGCGAUGUUCGGUGCCGUGGUCGAGGCAGCGGUCCUGCUUCCUGGGGUAGCGAUCUAGGCGGGCGCUUCCUCUGCGAGCUUGCUCCCCUUCCCUUGCGCUGGCCAUGCGCCCAAUCUUCGCGGUGGGCCUGGUGUUCGCAGGCUGCUGCAGUAACGUGAUCUUCCUCGAGCUCCUGGCCAGGAAGCAUCCAGGAUGUGGGAACAUCGUGACAUUUGCACAGUUUUUAUUUAUUGCUGUGGAAGGCUUCCUCUUUGAAGCGGAUUUGGGAAGGAAGCAGCCAGCUAUCCCAAUAAGGUACUAUGUCAUCAUGGUAACCAUGUUCUUCACUGUCAGCGUGGUCAACAACUACGCCUUGAAUCUCAACAUCGCCAUGCCCCUGCACAUGAUAUUCAGAUCCGGCUCUCUAAUUGCCAACAUGGUCCUAGGAAUUAUAAUUUUGAAGAAAAGAUACAGUGUAUUCAAGUACACUUCCAUCGCCCUGGUGUCUGUGGGGAUAUUUAUUUGCACGUUCAUGUCUGCAAAGCAGGUGACUUCCCAGUCGAGCUUGAGUGAGGAUGAUGGAUUCCAGGCAUUUGCAUGGUGGUUACUAGGUAUCGGAGCACUGACGUUUGCGCUUCUGAUGUCAGCAAGGAUGGGUAUUUUCCAAGAGACUCUCUACAAACAAUUUGGGAAACACUCCAAAGAGGCUUUGUUUUAUAAUCAUGCCCUUCCACUUCCUGGAUUCAUCUUCUUGGCUUCCGAUAUUUAUGACCACGCAGUUCUAUUCAAUAAGUCUGAAUUAUAUCAAGUUCCGGUCGCUGGUGUGACAAUGCCCAUCAUGUGGUUCUACCUCCUCAUGAAUGUCAUCACUCAGUACGUGUGCAUCCGGGGUGUCUUCAUCCUCACGACGGAAUGCACCUCCCUCACUGUCACACUCGUCGUGACUCUACGCAAGUUUGUGAGCCUCAUCUUCUCCAUCCUGUACUUCCAGAACCCUUUCACUCUCUGGCACUGGUUCGGCACCUUGUUUGUCUUCCUCGGGACCCUUAUGUACACAGAGGUGUGGAACAACCUCGGAAUCACAAAGAGCCAGCCUCAGAAGGGCAAGAAGAACUGAGGUCUGCCUGGGAGACCCGUGUCGUAAGGUGCCAGGGCCCGGCGAGGGUCUGGCUGCGAUUUCACUUUGGUUAAUGCUGAAUUCCCCCCCCCCCGCCAGUGUUGAACCACCCGCGUACCAGAGAAUCCUCAGAAGGCGGGGGCAUCUCAGAUUUCACAUGGGGACACAGACCAACAUUUUGUGGACUGUGCUUAGAAACUCCUCAACCCUGAAUUAGAUGGGUUAUUUCUGUUUUGUUUACCACAAUAUUCAGUACUGUACUUUGUUAUUGAAUUCCGAGUCCCCAGAGCUACUGGUUUUAUAUUCACGGUCUUGGACAAGAUUAUCCCUUUUGUUGCUGUUCUGAUGAUUCUCUGCCAUAACAGUCAUUAUCACCCUUCUACUUUUCAGCAGCACUUUUCAGCCAGCCAGAUGCCCCAGGCAGCCUCAUCAGGAAUAACUGAGUGACCAAGUGAAUUGAAACACUGGUGACCUUGGGGCUGGAUUUCUCCAGCAUGUUGAGAAAGAGGCAGUUGUCCCUGUGAGCUGAGCCCUGGUGCCACUGGAGCAGGACUGGUGGGAACCCUUUUCUAUAUUUUGCUUUUUUUGUUCUCUAUGCACAAGUUAUAUGCUUCCACAUCUGUUGCUUUCUGUGCUUAGAACAAACCUGCAGCGUAUCUUUAUGGCACAGUGUUAAUCAAAAAGAGAGGUUGUGUAUGAAUUGGGAAAGAAAAACAUUUUCCCUUGGUCUUCUAUACGAAGCCGCAGAGCCUGGAGCUGAGGUGAUGAUGGCAGGAGGCCGUGGUUGGCACCCAGAGAGCUAUAGCUCCCCCAACCCCAGGUGCUCACAGAGCUGCUUCCAAGAGGGUAGGUUAAGUCUUUGAAAAACUUCUUAACCAAGGAGGUUCAGCUCUGCCUGGCAAUUCUGAGAGAGUCACAAACAGGCUAAGGAGACUAACAUACAGUGGGUGUGGUGUAUAAAUUAGGUCACAUCCUAAUUAAAAUGGAAAGUUUCUUUCCCUAGAAGGUAUCUUAAUGGGUACUUGCAGGAGUGGGGGUUGUAUGUGUUUUAUUACAGGUAGAAACGUGCUCCCCCACUUAUUCUAAUCGUUUCAAAUGUUUGGUUUUCCUCCCAUGACAUAAUUUUGGGACAGAAAUGCUACCAGCGUGGUGUGUGUAGGUGAGUGUGUGCCCUUUGUAGUUCGUGUGUGAUCAUUUUGGAGGAGAAAAAAGCAUGAAAGUCAGGUUUCUUUUAUUUCCUCAUAAUGAUAAAGGGGUCAAUACAAGAAGGCGAUAUAACAAUUGUAAAUAUCUAUACACCCAACAUGGGAGCACCCAAGUAUAUAAACCAAAUAUUAAUGGACAUAAAGGCAGAAAUUAAUAGUAAUACAAUAAUAGCUGGGGACUUUAAUACCCCACUUACCUCAGUGAAUAGAGCAUCUAGACAAAAAAAUCAAUAAAGAAAUAAUGGCUUUAAACGCCACAUUAGCCCAGAUUAACUUAAUAGACAUUUUUAGAAUAUUUUAUCCAAAAACAGAAAAUUACAUUUUUCUCAAGUGCACAUGGAACAUUUUCCAGGACAGCCCACAUAUUUAGCCACAAAUCAAGCCUUAAUAAAUUCAAGAAGAUUGAAAUAAUACCAAGCAUAUUUUCUGACUACAGUUGCAUGAAAUUAGAAAUCAACUACAGAAAGCAAAAUGGAAGAAACAACAUGGAGAAUAAACAACAUACUACUAAACAACCAAUGGAUCAAAGAGGAAAUCAAAACUACUUUGAGACAAAUGAAAAU